AUGGCGCCCAAGGCAGAGAAGAAGCCAGCGGAGAAGAAGCCCGUGGAGGAGGAGCCUACCACCGAGAAGGCCAAGAAGACGCCCGCCGCCAAGAAGCCCAAGGCGGGGAAGAGCCUGCCGGCGGGCAAGACCGCCGCCAAGGAGGGCGGCGAGAAACGGGGCAGGAAGAAGGGCAAGAAGUCCGUCGAGACCUACAAGAUCUACAUCUUCAAGGUGCUCAAGCAGGUCCACCCCGACAUCGGCAUCUCCUCCAAGGCCAUGUCCAUCAUGAACUCCUUCAUCAACGACAUCUUUGAGAAGUUGGCUGGUGAGUCUGCCAAGCUCGCCAGGUACAACAAGAAGCCCACCAUCACCUCCCGGGAGAUCCAGACCUCCGUGCGCCUCGUCCUCCCUGGGGAGCUCGCCAAGCACGCCGUGUCCGAGGGCACCAAGGCCGUCACCAAGUUCACCUCUGCCUAG